GUGGAUAUGCAGUGGGUGCAGGUUUUGGCAGAAGGUUGGGCGACUCCUUUGAACGGCUUCAUGAGAGAGAGGGAAUACUUGCAGUGCCUUCAUUUUGAUUGUCUUCUGGAUGGAGGUGUCAUCAACUUGUCAGUGCCUAUAGUUCUGACAGCUACACAUGAGGACAAAGAGAGGCUGGACGGCUGUACAGCCUUCGCUCUGAUGUAUGAGGGCCGCCGGGUAGCCAUUCUUCGAAAUCCCGAAUUUUUCGAGCACCGGAAAGAGGAGCGUUGUGCCAGACAGUGGGGAACAACAUGCAAGAACCACCCCUACAUUAAGAUGGUUAUGGAACAAGGGGAUUGGCUGAUUGGAGGAGAUCUUCAAGUCCUGGACCGAAUUUACUGGAAUGAUGGUCUUGACCAGUACCGCCUUACUCCUGCCGAGCUGAAGCAGAGGUUUAAAGAUAUGAAUGCUGAUGCUGUCUUUGCAUUUCAGUUGCGAAACCCAGUCCACAACGGACAUGCUCUGCUAAUGCAGGACACCCACAAGCAGCUUCUAGAGAGGGGCUACCGGCGCCCCGUCCUGCUCCUCCAUCCUCUUGGUGGCUGGACGAAGGAUGAUGAUGUCCCUUUGAUGUGGCGAAUGAAGCAGCAUGCUGCAGUGCUGGAGGAGGGUGUCUUGAACCCUGAAACAACAGUGGUGGCCAUCUUUCCAUCUCCUAUGAUGUAUGCUGGGCCAACCGAGGUCCAGUGGCAUUGCAGAGCACGGAUGGUGGCAGGAGCCAAUUUUUAUAUUGUUGGACGAGACCCGGCUGGCAUGCCUCAUCCGGAGACAGGGAAGGAUCUCUAUGAGCCAACCCACGGAGCCAAAGUGCUGACGAUGGCCCCUGGCCUGAUCACCUUGGAAAUAGUUCCCUUCCGAGUUGCCGCUUACAACAAGAAAAAGCAGCGGAUGGAUUACUAUGACUCUGAGCA